AUGCCACAGUUGAACCCAUCACCUUGAUUUGCAAUCCUAAUAUUUUCAUGAUUAAUAUUCCUAACAACUAUUCCACCAAAAAUUAUAGCCCAUCACUUCACAAAUGACCCAAACACCCAAAGCACAGAAAAACCUAAACCAGAGCCCUGAAACUGACCAUGAUACUAA